CUCAGCAGCACGCAAGGAAAGGGGCGUGUAGGUCGUGUGCCUGGGGAACUCUCUUAAGCAGCCCGAAGGCGUUUUAGUUUUGAGCUCUGGAAUUAGCAAAAUACGCGGACAAAGGCCAAAGCAACAUGCUCGGCCGAGCCAGGUGCCAAAUCCAAAACGGACUUGCUCGAUAGCUACGAAAAAUCACUGCAGAAACGGCAGCGCACCAGAUAACGGGAGCGAUUACACUGGGCAGGCAGAGGAGAGACGGGAAACCUCCGGCUUCGCUCGCAGCCUCUUCCUCCGCCCUCCCGCAUGUGGCAAGGGCCUCGGCUCCUCUCCAGGCCGAGGGGGGUCCUCCUCUCCUCUCCAGUCGACCCCGAGUUUCUUCUCUCCGGCCGCUGCUUCCCGGCGUUGCCAGAUGACGGACAGCUGAGGAUCUGAGGGGCGAGCUCUGCUACUGGAGUGGAGCAAAACAAUCCUACUACUUUACGCGGGGAAAGAGAUCUGGAGUGCUGCUUCACUCUUUUCCUUUCUUUCUUUCUUUCUUUCUUUCUUUCUUUCUUUCUUUCUUUCUUUCUUUCUUUCUUUCCGCGGUUGGAAAGGAGUUGAUUUUUCACCAGGCGCCUUUUCCCGUGACACCCCCCUCCGCUCCCCCCCGCCCCCCAUUUCUCUGUAAUCGUUGCAAAGAGAAGGGAAAAAACCCAAACAAAAACAGCGAAUCUAGAAGCGUUGGGACUGGGAUCUCGCGCGUUGUCCUGCCUCCAGGAACCCGGUGGGGGGUGGGAGUGAUGGGUAGGGGCUCGUUCGGUUGAACCUUCGGAUUCCUCCAGCUUUUCUGCCCCCCUCGUCGUCGCACACGUACGAGAAGACUGGCUUUCCAUCCAUAUCACCGCCACGCGUUUCGUGGAAGUGGGAGGGGGGACCCUCCUCUCUUCCGAGAAGGAAAAGAAAAAAAGAGUUUCUCCCCCUCCCCCCUCAGUGAGCGGACUAUUGUCGGCGCUAGGUGGUGGUGGAGCAGCGAAAGGGGGAACUUCGGGCGGAUCUGCCGUGUGGAAAAGAUCGGCUUUCCUUGCAAAACUUUGUUUUAAGAGCUGCCUUUCCCUCUCCUUCCGCCGAUCGCAGUUUCUGCUCCGCUAUGUAAAAAGGAAGCGCAGCUACGGCAUCCUUCUGUCGAGACGCGGCCCAUUCCGCCCUCCAGGAUACCCAGAUUGUGAGAAGGAGCUCCCAUCUCCUCCAGUCGUGAUGUUAAUCAGAAAAGUCUUGCUCUUCCUUCAGUGCUGCUGGCCUUCUUUGCUGCUUCACUGGAUGCUCCAUCCUAUGUGGGGCUUCAUUCAGAUUACUCAGGGCGAACUCCAGAAGUCAUGCGCUAAGCCUCUAGUAGAGAAAGCUACAGAUAAUUGCCAGCAUAUCUGCCAAUGCAGACCACCUCCAUUACCGCCACCGCCACCUCCACCGCCACCACCAAGGUUGCUUGGGGUUUCAUCUCCCACCGUUCCUAUUUGCCCUGCUGCAGCACCCUGGCCAAGUCCAGCUAUAAUCAUUGCCGCAUGCUGUGCCAUACCAGUGUUCCUCUUUCUAGUUUUCAUCAUUUGCUACAAAGCCAUAAAAAGGAAACCUAUGAGAACAGAAGAGAAUGGAACAAGUCAAGCUGAAUAUGCAAUGACAUCCUGUCAAAACAGCAAGACAGUUGAUGCUAACAAUGCAGUGGCGUAAUUUCCAGGACCACCUCUUGAAUAGUAAACAUUAAAAGCACACAUGGAAUAUGCAAGAUGGGUGAAAUGCAGCAUCAGGAGAAGACUUAUGGCCGAGGACUUCAUUUCAGAAAUAGCGCACGCUUCAGAUGUUCUGAGAAGAAAAGCAGGUGACUCCUCUUUGGCUUGCUGAGUGUUACAAAAAGUGGGAUUAUACCGGGGGCUACUCUGAAAAGGAGGGAUUCACAGAGGCCUACUCACUGCAUGCUUGUUCUUUUGAAAGCAACAUUGCAGUGCCCCUUCUUCCUUCCUCAUUUUUGAUUGACUGUUUAUUUUUUGAAAAUGCUUCAGCGAUCCUUUGAUGAUUAACAGAGUGAUCUAUUCAAGACGGUAAAAUACCCUAAUUGGGCUUGCAAAUUCAAGCUUUGCAUUUUUCUGUUUCUCUACAGUCAUUUUAAGACCCACCCUUUAUGAUGAUCAUAUUGUUAAAGUGGAAAAUCUCCAUUCACUGAAAGGGAAUAUCCCUCCCUGCCCAGCUGCAUGAUUUCAUGGAAUGUAUCCCCUCCUACACAAUCUGAUGACUAGAUAAAGAUGCCACUACUACAGGCAUAAAGGAAUUCAGAAUGUCUUACAGCAAUUAGCUUUACUGAUCAAAAGAAAAGUGUUACCUAGGAUAACAUUUUUAAAGUGUUUUAACUACUGUUAAACCAUAGUCCAGAAACAUUUUGGGCCUUAGUGUUUUAAAAAAAAUCUAUAUUUGGGUAUAUCUAUUAUUAUUUUGCAGUUUUGCACAUGUAUAUCCACCACACUAAUCUGUAGACAAGAUCUCUAGAAUGAUCUAAAAAUGUUUGACUCUGGAGGACAACAAGCUGCAGUGGAAACAACUCCUUAAAGACUUUUCUAUUCCUUGAGUAGCUCCUCCAAAUGAGUGCUAAAUAAAGAAUUUUCUGUUGUAGGGAAAAAGCUGUGAUAGACCAGUCCCCUCUUUAAUAAGGGGCUGCCAAUAGUGCCAAAAUUGCUCUGUGUUGUAUCACUUUGUGAUAAAGUACCACAAACAGUUUAAAAGCAUAAUCCAACUCUCCAUUGUCACAGUGUCUUGUUAGGCACAGUCACUUUAAUUUGCAAAAAAACGACUGAUGCUAUUACUUGUCCAUACCUUGAUUAAGAACUUAAAAUAUGGUUUCUGUCUUUUCUUUUAUAUGCCUUCAUUUUUCACAGCUGUACCAGCAAAACAAAACAAAACAAUGUGUCACGAUCUGGCUUCUUCUCUUGCUGUCAAGCUUCAGUGAUAUCCUGUCUUUGUAGAUUCAAGCAGUCUAAAAGAAGUUCUGUAGUCUAGAAUCAUGGCAUUGUGUCAGUCCUAAGUGCUAAGAAGCUGGUAUGCUGGCUGAAUGUAGCUAGGAUUGUCUCCAAGUAGAAUUCCAGUGUAUUCCAAUUUACAGUCAGUUUUUCAAAUAAGAACUGAAGACCUCUUAAAAGUGAGGGAUGGGGACAUCUCUGCAUUGAAUUCUGGUAUUCCCUCACUUAGACAAAGUCACUGUAUAAUGCUGUCCCAGUUAAAUAUGAAAAAUGAUGGAUGGAUAAGUGAGUGAGUGAGUGAGUGAAUGAAUGAAUGAAUCAAUCAGUGAAUGGAUGGAUGGAUGGAUGGAUGGAUGGAUGAAUGAAUGAUUUUAGAGCUUAUGGCCAGUCAACAGUAUACAAUAAUAUUUAAAAUCAAUAUAGUUAGUGCUGUUGCAGCAACAAUAACUUGCCUCUUAAUAGCAAUAUAAAAUACUUUUGCAACCAUUUUAGUUAUGUCUGAGCUUGCAUUUGCAAGGCAGUAAGUUACAUAAAAUAAAUAACUUAUUCCUAGGAAUCUUUAAAAGUAGUGGUUGUAUUUGUUCUUUAUAUACCAGUAGAGGAUACAGUACAAAAAAGCAUGUUCCCUAGGAGUAAGGGUUUCCAGGGUGUCUCAUUAGAAAAUUUGUUCCUUAUAAAUCUCAUUUCUAGGAUGGGUAAGGAAAAUUCAUUUAAACAGGACUUGGUGAAAAAAAUCCUAAACAUACUUGUUCGAUAUGAUGGUGAUCAAAAUACCUUUUAUAUUAUUUCCUGAGCAGGAAAAGAUUAGUACCUUCGUUUUAGAAUAUUUUACAAUUGAUUUGUUAUUACUGUAAUAUUGCUAGAAGACUGUCAGUCACUGGAGACAUAGUUACUUCUGGCAAAGCAAAAUAGGUGAUAUCAACAUAUAAUUAAAAAGGCACAAAUGUCAGCAUAGGGCAGCAAAGUCUUCAGCCUCAAUGAGGCUGCCAAGUCAUUCAUAUAAAAAUUGAACAAAAUUGGAGUCAAGACACACCCUUCUCUAGCUCCACCUGUAGAAGGAAAUAUAUUAGUUAAAGUGCCAUUAGGACUAUAUGUAAUCUGCAAAAAGGAUUUAGAAUAAUUGCCUUCUGGUCAGUUGUGUUUCCCAUAGUAGUCUCCUAAAAACAGAUCAGAUGAGCAGCACAUAAAUCAGCUAAAUAAUAAAUAAAUAAAAUUAAAAUCUGCUUUAAGCCAAUAAAAACUAUGAAAAGGUUACACAUCGAUCCCCAGAAAUAUUUCUCAAUGAGAUGGUAUAAAAUCAUAGGUAAUCUAGUGUAGAGCAACCUUCUCUGAACCCAAUCUGCUCAGUCCCCAAGUUUUUUGGAUCUGCCAGCUAUGUCUUUAACUCGUUUAAGAGAUACAUAGCAUAAAGUUUGCCUACUCAGGGCUGUCUUAAUGCCAGGGACUGAUGGCAUAGGGGCCCCAUACUAAUAUGUGUAUGUUAACCCUUCAAUGCACCUUGUAUCAUAUAAAUACAGCAACAUAUUUAUUACAUUUUACUGCUAACAGUAAAUACUAACAUGCAAAUAUAUGUUUAAUUUUAUCGACCAUUUACAUUUUUAUCUCUGUGAGUAGUUGUCGUAGGAGUCCCGGUACACUGCUUUGGCCAGGACCCAUAAUGCUGUGCCUACUGUUAAUAGCAUGGGUAUUAUGGUGGAAUUUGUCCAUAGAUUUCCCUUUUAUUGUUGGUAGAGAAUUUUCAAACAAAACAAAAUUAAUAAGGAGUAAUGCCCACCAUUUUGAAUUGAUUUUAAUAAAUUCUGAAGGUAUAGGAUCUGUGGGGAUUGCCCUGCCUUAUCAAUUUUAUUUUUUUAUGAAGUCAAGAAGUGUGCCUCGGGUGGGGUGGGAGAGGGAUUGGUAGUAAGAAGCACAGUGGACUCAAGAAAUGAUUGUGUUUGUAAAUUGCAAAAAAGUGGCUCUCUCAAGUUCCAGGAGAGAUUUUACAUAAGGGAUUUUCAGAAUACCUUCCCAUAGCCUUGGAAAAAAUAGAUUUGUUUGCCUUUACUCCUAGAAAGAUCAAAAACACUUUUCCCAAGUGGCAAGGCUGGGGAAUCUUCUACUGCCUGCUGUAUAGCUUUUGUCAAUGUUGCAAACUUGUUAUUUAGAAAUCUACAUCUUACUUUCAGCCACUGUUUAUUAUUACUAUUUUUAAUCUGCCAGGGUUAUACAUAAAAUUUACUUUACAGUGAGCCAGCAGAAUAUUCAUAAAAAAUAAACAAGAUUAUCAUUAAAAAAAAAUAAUCUCAGAUACCCAUCAUUGUCAUAAGCAUCUUUUGUUUAACCAUAUCUUCAAGGGAAUCAAGGCCAUAAGUAUUUCAGAUUCCGUCUUCCUACCUCUUGCAUCAAUUUUAGCUCCUGGGUUGAAUCUUGGUUUUGGUUUUUGGUUCUUUCAAUGUUAUUUUUCUUAGGAUUGUAGUCACCAUUUUUUAGGCUUGCAUUCUUGGUCAAGAAUAUUCAUCAGUUUCUUUAAGUUUGCCUUGGCAACUCAUGACCACAAUGCCCCUUCUUACAAACUUUUUGUUUUGCCAUUGUCAUUACAUGAAUUGUGGUUAUUAAACAAAUCUGGCUUCCCCAUUGACUUUGCUUGUUGGCAGCUGACUGAGAAGGUCACAAAUGGUAGUCAUGUGACCCCCAAAUACAUGCCAGUUGCCAAGUACCCAAAUUUUGAUCCUGUGACCACAGAGACGCUGCAAAGAAAAUGCAAGGACCAGUUGUAAGUCAGUUUUUUCACCACCAUUGUGAUUUCCAAUGGUUGCUAAACAAAUUGUGUUAAUUUGAGGACUACUUGUGCAAAUAGUCGGAUUUAUUAAUUUAAGAAAAUAUUAAUUUAAGAAAAUAAAGUAAACAGCGCAGUACUAAAAUAUGUUUUAAUUACCACAUAGUUUUAUGCAGAGAAACAUAAAAAAAUGUAAAAUAAACUACAAAUGAACAAAAUACUAAAACAUUGGGUUUUUAAUUGUGCAGCUAUUUAGAUAUUGGAGUGCUCAAUUAUUAGUGGUAAAAUUCAGAAUAGCAUAGCAUGGACUGGUAUCAUCUUCCAUUUCUGGUCUUCAUAUUUGCUGAUUGAUUCAGCAUUUCUGUAGCUAUUUCAGUUACAUUUGUUAACAAGGCUCUCCAUUCUGUCAAGAAGGACUUUAUUAGUGAAAUUUCAGAAUCCUCUGCUCACUCAAGGAAGUUCACCUGUUGCUUCUCUAACAGAUCAGCAACAGGCCUGAUUUUCAUUCCUGCUAUUCAUCAGGAUGAGCAGGGUCACUAACAGAUUUUGAAGGCUCGUUCUCUUGUUCUCCACUCACUACGCUAACUUGGAGUUGAUAGGUAUUUAAGAAGAGAAGUCAGUAACCUUUAGCUGGUUUAUACUACAGUUAAUCUGGUUUUCAAGGACUGGCAUCAAACCAGAUCCUAUUAAAUUGCAGGUAGAAUCACGACAAGUAGAAGUACAAAGGAAGAAAGCAGAUGCCAGAAAGCAAUAAAAGAUCUGCACUUGAAUAGAAGUAUUUGUUUUAGAGACAAUCAAUGUUAGCAUAGGCAGUUCUUGCUUAUGUUAAAGAUAACAUUAGAGGAAUAAUAAACGUGUUUGCCAGUUUGAUCUCCCUUCUUUCCUCCUAAUUAAUCUAUUGUGCGAAUUGCACUUUUAGAGGCUUCUCUGUAGCUUAGCUGUUAGCCAUUCUCCAGACCUCAAUAAAGCAGCUUUACAAUGGACCUCCACCUAUUUUAUUAAAAUGGCCAUGAAAAAAACAACACCAAACCAUGAACAAAAUAGCAGCACCAUGAUUAUGACACCUGGUUUUUAAAAAUUUUGCAGAACACAACUGCAGGCUACAAUGUCCCUAAACAUAAGUGAAAAUACAAGAAUAAGAAAAGCUGAACUGUAUCUAAUUCAUUGAAACAGCCUCCCCCAUCAUAUUCAUGCCAGGAGUCCCUCAAGGGUUUAAUAGUUAGCAUAGGUGGCUAUUAGUCACUGGAGGGCCUGCCCAAUCAUUAUAUUUCAAUAAAAACGUUAGUAAGUAAUAGAGGAUAUGUAAAUAUGUACAUUGUCCAGAAGGGAAAACAUUCUUAGGGAGAGAUCUCUGGAGAAAACACAUAAAUUAACAUACUUAUCUAAGUUUCUUCCCAUCUAAAUAAUAUAGUUAGUAUCUUGUUAAGUCUUGGUGAAAAUGGAGCAAUCAAAGUACAGUAUUCAGAUUUUUGGGGCUUUCGUUUCCAAUUAGUUUGGCCUGUUGUAAUUGCAACAGUAAAAAUAAUAUAAUUUGGAUUCUUGGAAGCAGAAUUGUUCAGAAUUAAUUGCCAAUUAAAAAAAAUACUCUUAAAACCAUACUUCACAGUCACUUACAGUAUUUUACUCCGCCCCCCAAUCCUACUUUGAAUGUUUCAUGGGGAGAUUUGCUCUCUUUUUCAUCAGAUUUCAGUGUUACAAUCUGUAGAAAGUAUAUUUUUCCCUAAAAAAGAAUAGACAUGCUUUAUAGCAUAAACUUUGUAUGUAUGCAGGGGGCAAUUAUCAGAAGAAUUUUAGUGAACCAGUUGUUUAAUUUCAAGACUGAAUUUAAUUGUUCUAUGACAGCAAAACUAAAAAUAAUUCAACUAUUUAUUUUGGGAAAAACGAAGCCCCUCUACUCCAUAGUUCAGGUGAUGGAAAGGCUGAGCAAAAAGUAUACCAUGCAUGAGUUAUAGGAACACAGGAUGUGAGUUAUGUUACGUUAGCCAUCAGUCCAUGUACUCUUUCUCUAACUGCAGCAGCAGCUUCCUUGCCUUUUGCCCCCAAGGAUGACCCAGGUUAAAUCCAGAUCAUGCUGCAUGCUAAACAUAUUUUACCCCUGAAUUUAGUGACGAUCACCAGACUGUUAGUGGUAUAGCUGGUUUACUGGGUAAGAACUUAACAUGUAAACUGAUGACAACUUCAUUUCUUUUCAUACAAUCCAAUGCCAAGUAUGGGAUGGAAAAAGAUACUCUGGUAAUUCCCUUCAUACCUUAUCUUGCCAUGUCAGUGACAGAAGUUAGGUUUGAAAAGAGUAGGAUGGUGGAGCACCCUUCCAUGAGUUAAUCUUUUAAAUGAUUCAAAAGAUCUUUACCGUGAACAGGAAAGAAAGAGGUUGCAGUGUGUCCACAACUGCAUUGCGUUGUUGUUUUCAUUCAUUAAAAGGAUCAGAGUUCCUGUUAAACCUUCACUGAAAUUUCAUAGCGGAUACCAGUCUUAAAUAUUUGCAUCUGCUAUAUCCAUCAGUACUUAAAAUGCUCUACAAAUCAUUUUAAGUCAAAAUACCUUUGGGCUGAAUGUCUUGUUAGUCCUUUAUUCUGAAAGCCUUUUGAAUUCCAUGUAAGAAUGUAUUUUCAGAGAAAUCUUAAGACAUACUCUCUUUAUUAUAGUCACUGACAAAUCCAAAGUUAAAUCAGAACAGAGAAAACAUUUUGAAGACAGAUAUAAUUCUCAUUUUAACAAAAGCACAUGAUUCAUAAAUCCAACUUAAUUUAACCUUUACAUGUCAUUAGUUAAUUGUGAAGAACAGUUCAAAAUGCACAAUAAAGUUUAACGUAAAAAUAUUAAAACAAAAAGAACAAAAAUGUUUUUGAAGAUCAAACCAAUAGAUAUAUCCAACUUUAAAAAAUAGAAAAACUAAAAACUUGGCUGCUAAUAACUGCUCUUAUUUUAAUUGCAAUGGAGAGAAUUUUGGCUGCUUGCCAAGCCAAGUUGUCUUUUGCUGAGGGGUUGCUUGUUUUUACUUUAUUUUAUUUUAUUGAGCCUGAGAGCAAUAUAGGAAAUAGAACUGUGCUGAUUUCCCUAAGACUCAAAUGGAGGCUAAAAUGUGUUCUGAUAUAUUUGCAAUUUUUUUUUCUUUCAUUCAAUCAUAUCUCAUUCUCAGAGACUGCCUAGACAAGUCCCUGCAGUUUUCAUGGCCAGGUUCUUCAGAAGUGGUUUGCCAUUGCCUCCUUCCUAGGAUUGAGAGAGAUUGGUCCAAGAUCAUCCAUUUAUCUUCCUGUCCAAGGCUGGACUAGAACUCACAGUUUCCCAGUUACAUACAUAUAUAUUUAUAUACAUACAUACAUACAUAUAUACAUACAUAUAUACAUACAUAUACACAUACACUGACCUUUGAGGACUACUAACUUUGAGGAUAUGCAGUUAAACUGGGAUGCUAUUAUAUGAUGAUGUUAUUAGCUCUAAUUAUAUCAUUGAAUAUUCAAAACUGCAUUAUUAUAGUCAUCAGAAUUUCUGUUAUGUAUUCUAUACAUGUCAAUGAGCAGCUUGAAAUUAUUACAAAUUAUGCUUUCAUUCUAUUUUGGCUUCUUACAAAAAAAAUCUCAAUGACAGAUGAUGUGUUUGUAACAUACCGUACAUACAUACCUAAAAGACUCUAUGAAAGAAGGUGGGAUAUAUAGAAAGUUUAUAUUUUUUGGUAUUUGAAGCUAUUCCUAUCAGUAAAAUAGGAAAAAUAAAAUUUUACACUGCAGGGAACAGUCUACCUUAAAGGAGUUUUUUGGGAAAGGUUUUUUGGUUUUGGUUUUUUUGUUAUUCCAGAAUAUCUAUUACAUUUAUAUUACAUUGAAUAAUAUAAUAUAAAAUUAAGAUAAAUUAAACUGCCUCAUAUGAAUCACUUCAGAUGCAACAGACAUGUAUAUUAUUUUAACGGAUUGUCCAGAUAUAAAUCUGAGUUUUCAUCAAAACCUAUUAAAUGAGAAUCCAUUAAAUUGAGAUUUCACUGUGUAUGCUACUGCACAGGCACAAUAAUAUAGGCAGGAGAAUAAUCACAUUAUUCAUAUGAUGGUUUGUAGGAGUUUGUAGAAGCUGAAGAUUAAAUGUGGUAAUUUUAGAAUUCUUACAUCCACUUUUUUGGUUUGACCCAUUUCAGAUAAUCAGAAUGAAGGCACAUGGCAACACCUGACCAACCCUAAUCAAUCUAAAAAUGUUGCAUCCAACCCAUCUUACAUUAAGAUUCAAGGAAGGCUCAAGGGUGCAUGAGACAGUGAGAAGUUGGAAUAUAUAGAGAGAGAUCCCAGACAUUAAUAGCGUAUCACAAGAAAUCAGUUUAAAUAUAGAUCUGUCCAUGUAGUCACCAGGAAUCUAAAGAGAAUCUUUACUGAUUCAGAAUUUUGGAAAUUGCUGUUUCCAAAUAUUUAGGGGGGAGGAGGGGGUUGAUUGGCCUUUACAAAAUGAUUUGAUUUUGGUCUGAUUUUGGUCUCAGAAGAUUUAGACUUUGUUAUUUCUUAGUGUCAAUCUUUUCCAAAAAAUUAUCAUACAACUUUUGUUGUACAAAGUUUUGACUAAAAUACAAGUUUUGACUAAAAGCUAACAAAAAUAUUAGUUACAUUAAGGGGCAUUCAAUUUUUGUAAACCCUAGAAAUAAUUUAACUCUCCUGAAAUUAUACCUUGUUCCCAGCUUUCAAAACAGGGGACAAGAAUAUGCCUUCUAGUGUUUUAUUAUAUAACCAAAAUUUGAUUUGAAACUACUUGUUCAAAAAAAAAAAAUAAUGUGCUCUUUAAUGUGUUUAAUUAAAUACAAAUGAAAUAUACAAGUAUUUAUAAAGGGUGUGUAUAUGUCUGUUUCAUAAUGAUAACCUCAUGCUGAAAGUAUAAUUCAAUACAACAAUUUACAGGGAUUAAAAUUUUUAUUUUUAGUCUUUUUUAAAAAAACAGAUUGAAACAUUUUAUGUACCAAUGGCCAUAUAGCAAGCAAGCUUUUCAGUUUAUUAAUAUAUCUUAUAUUGCUCUACUUAUAUCAAGCUGAUUGUACAUCACACAACAGUUGAGAUUUUUCUCAGCUUGCAACCUUGUUAUUAGAAAUAAUUGUGUUAUAAUAUAUACAUAGAGGGAUUGUGGUUCCACCAAAAAUAUGAUUUGUUGAGUCCCAUUCAUUUCCAUGAGAGAGUAGAUCAAAGCAUGUGUUUAAGAUCUCCUUCUGGGUCUUGAGAGUACUUCACUUUGGCUGGAACAUAGCCAUAUAUAACAUAUGUAUGGAGUUGAAUUUCCAUUGCCUCGCACUUUCCAACUGAUUUCUAUCAUGGAAAAUGGGUGUAAACCUAUCCUCUUCACAUGAUAUCUUUGUACCAAUUUUGCUCUUGGCUUUGCACAAGUAAUUCAUAGUGUAAGGCAUCGGAGAAUUGUGACUGUUAUAAAUAUAUUUUUAUAUAUUCUUUAUAGCUUUUCCUGCAUCUCUGCAACUAAAAUAUAUGAUUUUUAAACUGCAAGGAUAGUGUGUUAAAAGCUAAUACAUGAAUGUAAAUAAGUCUUUUAAGAUCUGCCUUUUUGAGUGUACGCCACAUUACAGAUUGAAACAGCUCUUCUUUGAAAAUCUGUAGCAGUGGUUAAGUAACUGAUGAGAAUGGCCAUGAUCCAAAGAGUUCCUUUAGAAAUAAAUAAAAGCAUCUUGUACCUACACCAGGGUGUCUGCUUUGGGAAAGGGAAAACCUGAAGUCUCAUAAUGUUUAUGGAGUUCAUUGGAUCAUGGCCAAAACCAGUUUUAGAAUUAAUGCUAUGUUUUUAAGACAAAGCCAUUAACAUAUAUUUAGUAUUUAAGGAUAUUGCUCAAUACAUAACAUUCUGUACCAAAAAAAAACCCUGUGUGGCAUAUAGAGAUUGUGCAGUACCCUAUUAAAAAGAUCAUAACUACUUUUUAUUUUAAAUAAAAAUAUGCUUAUUAAAAGUU